AUUCACGAUGACAAGGCUGUGGCCUCUCCUGCUCCUGUGUGGGUUAUGGAGUCCUCUGUGUCUGUCAGCAGGUGUAAGCUACAUCGGGACACCCCAGGAGUGUGCAAAGGCGGAAUUUGUCCCAGGUUACAAUCUGGGUGGAGAAGGCUUCGACAUCGUCACAAUGGAGCGGAAAGGGGCCUAUGUCAUUGACAUGCAAACAUGGAAUCUUGGCAAUGGCACUUGUAGGCUUUACAGCAACAGCAUAGCGAACAGAGAGAAACAGAAGGUCCCAGCCACCGUGAUCGACUGGAGAAUCUACCCAAAGUGCAAUCUACAUGUCUCCAGCCUACUCUACGAUUCGGUCGAAACUCUCGCAAAUGACACCACGUCAUCGGUGUCCAAUAAUUGGAAACUUGGCCUUAAACUCCCGGUAGACCCUUCUGUCAGUCUUGGUGUUGGCUUUGGGGGUUCCCACUCCAAAGAGACACAAUUUGCCAUCGAGAAGUCGAAAAAAGACCGCUACACCUUCUUCAGCCAUUCUGUCGACUGUCGCUUCUACGGCUAUAGACUGGAAGACAAACCUCCACUGAGUCAUGCAUUUCAAUCAGCCGUGAACUCAAAUCCUUCAUAUCACGAGCUGAUUGACACAUAUGGUACACAUUUCAUCACACAAGUGUCCCUAGGAGGCAAAAUAAAAGCAGUCACUUCUGUCAAGACCUGCGAGGCAUCAAUGAAAGGACUAACAGCAACCGAAGUAAAAGACUGCUUGGAAGUCGAGGCUUCUGCUAGCUUUGCAAACACUGCCAGCAUUGAGAGCAUGAUCAAACACUGUCAGGGUAAGAAGAAAAAGUUCGGCCAUAGCCAAAGUUUCAGUAGCGAGUUUAGUGAGCGUACCUCAGAGGUCAUUGGUGGAGACAAAAUUGAUGCUGAUGUGCUCUUUAAUGACCAAUCAAAUCCUUCUGUCUACAACCACUGGGUUGACUCACUGAAAAGCACACCAGAUGUGAUCAAAUACAACUUAAGGCCUCUGCACACGAUACUUCCAGAGAAUCAUCCUGCCAGGGCCGGACUGAAGCAGGAGGUGGAGAAGUACAUUAAGAACAACGCAGUGUUGAGUCAAUGCUCUGAAACCUGUACGAUUGGCCACAGAGCCAAAAAGAGGGAUCCUUGUGCUUGUGUUUGCAACAGCAAUCAGAAUCUUAGGUCAAACUGCUGUCCGGCUGGGAAAGGUCUUGCAACGUUGAAGGUCUUUAGACUUUAUGCUACAGGGCUGUAUGGUGAUGUGUGGACUGAGACAGAUGGCUCAGUGGAGGUGAAAUUUGGGGAUCAGACUGAGCGAACUGCCAUCAUCGAUGACAAUGACAAUCCUAGAUGGCCGGAGACAUUUCAAUUUGGACCCAUCACUAUCAACUUGGCAAAUGAACUUGUGUUUAGUGUUUAUGAUGAGGAUAGUUACUGGAAUAGUGAUCUGCUAGGCAAGUGUUCAGUUGUUUUGCGAGCCGGGGCUGAGGUGAGAGAUUCUUGCAUGUUUGAUGAUGGUACCCUAUUCUUCUCCUAUGAAGCAGAGUGUGCACCAAGUCUUGGUGGUCAGCAAUGUCAGGAAUACAUACCCUCCCCUAUGAGUCCGUCCUUGGCCAAGGUCUUUUACUCUAGAAAUGGGGUCCUGCUUGGAGACACUGGGCAGAAGUAGUCGGGGUUAGGUCAGCACUUGACCUGAGAAGUCUAGCCUGUUUCCCUAUCUUUGUUUGCAAAAAUAAUUAUGUUAAUCCUCAGAUGUAAUCCAAUAUGUGUGUGAUAAUCGGUUUCAUAAUCAAACCUUUUACUUUGCUUCUUUCUUCAUCGUUACUAAAUCUGCCAAUAAAGCAUCA